CUGAUACAGAAACAGCGGUGGUGAAUGUUACAUACUCAAACAAGGAGGAAGCUAAAGCAGCCAUCGAGAAGUUAACAGGACAUCAGUUCGAGGACUACUCCUUCAAGGUGUCAUAUAUUGCGGACAUGGACGCCGCUCCACCCGACCAGGCUCCUCGCCCGCGACGCGUGCGUCGGUCGUCCCGGGACCAGGGCCCCCCUGAGCCUGGGUCGUCUGGAGAGUUUUGCCCUCCACGCAGCAGACAAUACGACUUCCCCCUGCGCAUUCUCGUGCCUACUCAAUAUGUGGGAGCCAUCAUCGGCAAGGGGGGCCUCACCAUCAAGAAUGUCACCAAACAGACACAGUCAAAGGUGGACAUUCAUCGGAAGGAAAAUGCAGGUGCAGCAGAAAAGCCCAUCACCAUCCACUCGACCCCCGAGGGCUGCUCCUCCGCCUGUCGUAUGAUCAUGGAAAUCAUGCAAAAGGAGGCCAACGAGACCAAGGCAACUGAGGAGAUUGCUCUAAAAAUCCUCGCCAACAACAGCCUGGUGGGCCGGCUGAUCGGGAAGGAGGGCCGCAACCUGAAGAAGAUCGAGGAGGAGACAGGGACCAAGAUAACCAUCUCCUCGUUACAAGACUUAACCAUUUGCAACCCUGAAAGGACCAUCACCGUGAAGGGCAGCUUGGAGGCGUGUUGUAAAGCCGAGGCAGCGAUCAUGAAGAAACUGAGGGAAGCCCACGAGAACGACAUUGCUGCUAUGAACCAACAGGCCAACCUGAUCCCGGGCCUGAACCUUAACGCUCUGGGCAUCUUCUCGUCUGGUCUGCCGAUGAUGCCCCAUGCUGCUGGACCACGCGGUGGAGUGCCCCCUGUGGCACCAGCAGGAUACAACCCAUUCUUCAGUCACUCUUCACAUCUCAGCGGCCUGUACGGGGUUCCUCCAGCAAGUGCCAUCCCCCACCAGCUUUCACAACAGGCUCAAGAACAGGAGGUCGUCUACCUCUUUAUUCCAACUCAGGCAGUGGGGGCCCUGAUCGGCAAGAAGGGCCAGCAUAUCAAACAACUGGCCCACUUCGCUGGUGCCUCCAUCAAGAUUGCCCCAGCUGAGUGUCCAGAUGCCACUGAAAGGAUGGUUAUUGUUACUGGAACCCCAGAGGCUCAGUUUAAGGCCCAAGGUCGGAUAUUUGGGAAGCUGAAAGAGGAGAACUUCUUCUUAGCGAAGGAGGAGGUCAAACUGGAGACACACAUCAAGGUUCCCUCCUCCGCAGCCGGCAGGGUCAUCGGCAAAGGCGGCAAGACAGUAAAUGAACUGCAGAAUCUAACAAGCGCUGAGGUCAUCGUGCCGCGGGACCAAACUCCAGACGAGAACGAUGAGGUCUUUGUGAAAAUCAAUGGGCAUUUCUUUGCCAGCCAGAGAGAGGACAGUGGAUAGAGUUGGAAACCAGGGAGAGAGAGAGCGGGGAAUGAC